UUGCCCAAAGUUCCGCGGCGCGCAUCAAACAUGCGCGUGCAACACGGAAGUAAAUAAACUCGUGAGAUUUCAUAAACACAUCAUACAGUUUAGUUUAAUCAAUGUUAGUUUUAGAGCAUGCGUAUUGUUUAAAGUUAUAGAUAUGUUACCGUCAUCAAGAACCGCGCGUGUGAGUUGCGAGCGUGUCUGGACAUGGAUGUCGGGUCUAGAGAUAUGAUGAUCCCACCACAGAGAUGGAGAGAUGAGGAUGGAGGCGUCAGCUUCAUCUCUCCUGUCAGUUUCUUAUUGUUUGGGGUUUGUGGGAGGAGCUGAAGGAGAGAAUAAAUGGAGAAACUGAAUGAACAUGAGGAGAGGAGAGGGACCAUCACAUCUGAUGGAGGAGGAGAAGAGGAAGGACAUUUGGAAAGAAGUGUGGAGGGUUUUGUAAAUGAAAGAGAGAUGAUGGCGUGGUCACAUACUGAAGAUGAAAAACCGUCGAUGAUGGGAGCAGAAGAGGAAAAAGUUCAUUCAAUGACCUCAUCGGAUCUCAACGUGGAGCAAAUCUCAUAUGCAAGACCAACCAAAGAUGAGCCAAAGAUGAACUUUUCUGAAAUACCCUUGUCAAGAUUAACAAUUGGGGCAGGAAAUGGCACACCUCACUCUUUCUCUUCGGGCCUGGUGGACACCUGGGCUCCGUCCAUCUCAGACUCGCUCCUCUGUUCUUCCUCCUCUUCCUCUUCUCUGCCCUCUCUCUCUCCUCCUCUUCCUCCAUCCGUUGAGCUGGAUGGCGUGUUAGUGGAGGACAGGCUGGUGCUGGACGUGUAUCAAGGCGGAGCAGAUGUUUUGCCGUUGUUGUGGGGGUGCGUUCAGGAGCGUGUGAGAGACCUGCAGUACCUCAGACUGGGCUCAGAAGAAGAGGGGGCGCUAGAGAGAGCGCUGGAUGUGCUGCCUCGACUCGGACAACUGCGCUCACUGACUAUCAGAGGACACCUUUUUCAUGACGCCCGUGGUGACCCUCUCCCCGGUCUCCUCACGUCUCUCCCACCCUCUUUCUCCUCUCUCUCUUUACUCGUUCAUCUGGAUCUCUCCUUCAACCGCCUCUCAACUCUUCCUCUUUGCAUCCUCUCUCUCCCUCACCUCGUCGAGGUCCUGCUGUGUCACAAUGAGUUGACGGCUCUACCCGAGGGUCUGGGGACGCUUGUGUCCCUUCAGAGAGUGAACCUGCUGGGGAACAGGCUGGUGGAUCUACCCCGGUCAGUGGGGCUCCUCUGCGGACUGGAGGAACUGGACGUGUCCUUCAACUUGUUGGAGGCUCUUCCAGAUGAAUUGGGUCAGCUGAAGAACUUGCAGAAACUGGAGGUGUCCAAUAACAGACUUAGGGUGCUACCAGAGAGUUUGGGAUCUCUCCGUUCUCUCAGGCAUUUAGUAAUUGAGAGUAAUGAGCUGAGAAGCAUUCCGGAAAGUUUGCAGUCUCUCCCAUUGCUUGUGAAUCUGGAUGUGAGGAACAACCCACUGGGUCGACCCCCGACCCCACCACCACUCGCCCCUGUGACUCCCAUUAUAGAAGACUGUGAGAUUCCCGAACUGCACCUUCGAUUCGAUGAACACAGUUUCUCAGUUUCACCUGCUGGUUGUCAUGUGUUUCUUCCUGGAGGGGCGGAGCUCUUAUUUCCGCGAAGAUGUGUAAGCGCCAUCACACAGCUUAAGUGGGGGGAGAGGAGACCGGACAGGAAGUGGGUGUGGCUAGAGGAACAUGAUGUCCUUUUAAGUCGUCCGCUAGAGCUCCGCCCACACGGAGCCACGUUUCAGAAGCCGGUAGAAGUGUGCAUACCUUAUCGUAAAACACGGAAAGGUGACGUCACAGUUCGUAAGUUUGAUGGCCGGUCAUGGAUGACGCUAUCCACCCAAACCAGGAGAGGCAGUGAGAGACACAGUUGCAGGCCGGGUGGUCGUCCAGCACGGUUAGCUUGCUGCAGUGUGCCGCAGUUCUCGUGGUUCGUCGUCAUCUCUCGUCCUUUCCUGGACAGUUGCUCAGUGUCUCCAGUGGGGGCGCUGUUGGUAUCGCAAUUCGACCCAGGAAUUAAACUUACAUUCCCUCCAGAGUGCACAACAGAGAUGCGUACCAUCACACUACAGGUCCUGCAGGUGGCGCUGUCUGAAGUGCAUGAUGUCACUGGAGACCCUCAGGCGAGUGCCAGCCCUCUACUCUGCCUGAACCAAACUCCCAGCGUGCACUUUCUUCAGCCAAUCACAGUGCAGAUACCCCUUCCACCUGGAGUCACUGGACACAUGGUGGACAUGUCCCGUCUGCACCUGAUGCACGGCGACCCCGCGGCUCACACCUGGACUGACAUCACCUCACAGGUGUCCCUCCACGUCACCCACAUCUACGCCAUCUUCUCCAUCACACACUUUUCAUGGUAUUGGUUGUGGUACACCACUCACCGAUGCGUUAGUGGGGUCGUAAGGAAGAUGUAUCAUCGGUUAAAACAGUUCCGGGUUCGAUUCCUGGUGCAACAGAGGAAAACCGACCCAGCUCAGGUUCUGCUGCAGUGCUUACCUGCUGAUAAGGCUGAAAGCAGGUUGCUGUCUCUCUCUGAGCAAUAUGAAGGUCCUCAGCCAUCUGAGUUGUGUAUCCUGCUGGAGGGUGAGCAGUUUUUCGCCGGCUUUGAGAGGGGCAUAGACGUCAACGCAGAUCGUCCUGACUGUAGAGAUGGAAGGCUCUCGUUUACAUUUUACUCUCAUCUGAAGAACAUUAAAGAGGUCCACGUGUCCCCGACCGCCUCACAGCAAGGCACCGUGAGAGGGCAGGUCUCAUUUUACAGGGGUGAAGUGCCCACUGACCUUCCGGAGGAAGUUGCUUGUAAGAGAAAGGGGCAUGACAACCAAUGGAUGGCCACACUUCCUCUUCGACUUCCUGGUUCAGACUCUGAAGGGAACAUCUACGGCGAGCUGAAUCUGGGUGACCCGGAGAGCGGCUAUCUGACACAAACCAACCUGCUGUCCAUCUCCUUACGCAUCAAUCAAGAUUGGCAGAACAUUGGCAUAAAUCUGGGCAUCAACUACGACCAGCUGCAGAGGAUACGAAACGACCACAGGGACAACUUUGGUGCCCAGGUGUUGGCGAUGCUGUUUCAUUGGGCGAGAGGGCAACAGGGGGCGGGGCCUGGAGCAGUCCAACGGCUGAUGAAGGCACUUGCGGACAGCGGUAGGCAGGACUUAGCUGACGAAGUGGACGAUAUAGUGACUCUGGGGAAAAGGAAGUAUGAAGAAUCACUUAGGAGAGUCGGACUGGAGACUGCAGUUACAGAAACUCAGUCCAGCUGACGCACACACACACACACACACACACACAUUUAAACUCAAUCUAUGAGACCAUUAGGAUGAUACUGCACUUCUGCUGAGAUCAGCUGCCAUGACUUAUAACAUAAAAUCUCACCAGCAUCAGUGGAAAUGAACACAGUGACACGUAGACGUGAAGUGCCAGAUCUCAUAGGACAUAGUUACUGUGAGUUAGAGCAGCUGUCUGUCUGAAUGUUGUCUUUUUAUUAUAUGCCUGUCUCACUUUCAUACCUCUCGAGGAUCUGUGGUGUCCAGCAGAUGUGUUUUGUUUGUAUUAAGAAAAUGUAAUAUGUGCCAAAUGAGCCAUGAAUAUGUUAAAUGUCUUUUUUGUGUUUUAAACAUGAGACAAUCAAAAUGAAUCAGUCUUUUAUACUGAUUUAUAUCUGUGAGAAUCUUACGGAAUCUGUCAAGUUUCACACCAAAAUUUAAAAAGGAAAGGUUAAGUAUAAAAUAUUAUAUAUAUUACAAACACAAUUGAAUAGAAAAUAAUUACAUAUAAAUUUUACUGUGUUUAUUUAUACAUGCAAAAUGUAAUGUAAUGUAAUUUAUUAUUAUUGAUUUUGGAGUUCAUUUUUUUCAGCAGAUAUGGUAAUGUACCACACUGUGAAUCAGCAAAGUUGAAUCAAAAUCAUUAAAUUAUUAAAUCAGUGAUGCGUAAUCAUCUUUAUGCAUAAUUCACCCAAAAAUAAAAAGUGCCAAAUUCAAAUAGUCAUUAUUGUUGAAUCUCAUUGGUUCUUGCAUGUCUUGUGACAAAACAUGCAUAGUCACGAGACACGAAAUAAGAUCAAAAUAUUAAUUUGGAUGAUUUUUUUUGAUUGCAACACUUUUGUAUACUGUAUUAACUAUUGUUUAUUUUAAUUAUUUUAAUAUUUUUUCCAUUUGUUUUUCUCCAUUUUAUCCCUCACACUGAAAUGGCAAAACACAAUUUUUUUAUCCAUAUUGCGCAAACGACUGAUCUGUAUACAAAACAAAUAGCCAAGAAUAGGCUUAUUUAUAGUAACCAUUGUUUUUUAACAAUUGGUGUAUUUUGAAUUGCCCAAAAUUACAUAGAAAAUCAUUACAUAUUAAUUUUACUGUGUUUAUUUAUACAUGCAAAAUGUAAUUUUAUUUUAUUUUAUUUAUUAUCUUUGAUUUUGGAGUAAAUAGGUUUUCGGCAGAUAUCGUAAUGAUCACCCCUGUACAACACUGUGAAUCAGCAAAAUUUAAUCAAAAUCAUUAAAUUAUUAAAUCAGUGAUGCGUAAUCUCUCAUGACUGCUGGGUGAUCGAUGGCUGUGUGAUCUGUGUGUGUGUGUGUUGUUUACCUGUGGUGCCGGUUCCUCGUGUGUUCACUAACUCCGCCCCCUUGUUUUGGUAAUUGUUCACCGGUGGUGUCUCGUUUACCUUUUCCUUUAUAUUGCACGUAGUCCUGUCCUUCGUUGCGCACUCAUUGUUUUAUCACAGUCCUGCUGCCCUGCCUUGUCUUGUCAGUCGCUCUCUGUCUUCUCCUCUGUUACCCCAGGU